UUGAAUAAUAAAAAGAAUAAUAAUUUUGUGAAAAGUGAUAAUAAAAUAAGAAAAAUGAUUCGAUUUAUCCUUAUUCAAAACCGUGCUGGAAAAACAAGAUUAGCAAAAUGGUAUAUGGCAUUUGAUGAUGAUGAAAAACAGAAGUUGAUAGAGGAAGUUCAUGCAGUUGUUACUGUGAGAGAUGCCAAGCAUACUAACUUUGUUGAGUUCCGAAACUUCAAAAUAGUCUACAGACGCUAUGCUGGAUUAUAUUUCUGCAUAUGUGUUGACGUGAAUGAUAAUAAUUUGUGUUAUCUCGAAGCCAUUCACAAUUUUGUUGAAGUUUUAAACGAAUAUUUCCAUAAUGUAUGCGAACUGGAUCUAGUUUUUAAUUUUUAUAAAGUUUAUACAGUCGUCGAUGAGAUGUUUUUGGCUGGAGAGAUUCGGGAAACUUCGCAGACCAAAGUUCUGAAACAGCUCUUGACGCUCAACUCAUUAGACUAA